CUAAUGUAGGGACAGGUAUUCAGUUCGUGGUUCUUUCAGUGUCCUGCACGUGUUGAUGUUUAUUUGUAAUUGAAAUAUUCAUGUGGGUUUAUUUUAAAAAAUAAUCUGAAUUUAUUGGAUUCCUACAAAAUAUCAAGAUGGUUGUAAUCGGGAAAAAGAAGUACAAAACCGGAGAGGGUGCGCAGUUCCUGACCCGGAAAGCAGCUCUGAAGAAGCUCCAACUGUCUCUCAGUGAGUUUCGAAAAUUAUGUAUAUUAAAAGGGAUAUAUCCAAGGGAGCCGAGAAACCGCAAACGUGCCCAGAAGGGAAAGAGUGGAAUUAAAACAUUGUAUCACGUGAAGGACAUUCAGUUUCUAUUGCACGAGCCAAUAAUAUGGAAACUCCGAGACUACAAAAUAUUCAACCGAAAGGUUGGAAGAGCGAAGGCGCUCAAGGACUUCUCAGCAAUGAAGAGAUACUUGAACAAUCAUCCAACCCUGAAGCUUGAUCACAUCGUCAAGGAGCGAUACCCAACGUUCAUUGACGCCUUGAGGGAUGUGGAUGAUUGCCUGACACUUUGUUAUCUAUUCAGCACAUUCCCAUCUAUGGCACAUGUCCCCAGGAGUCAAUCAGCCCUUUGCAGAAGACUCACCAUAGAGUUCAUGCACGCCUGUAUUGUGGGGAAAUACCUGAGGAAAGUUUUCGUGUCCAUCAAGGGAUACUACUACCAAGCGGAGAUCAAGGGACAGACCAUCACCUGGAUAACCCCUCAUCAUUUCUCGUUCGAGCCGCAGUCGAAGACUGAAGUUGAUUUCAGAAUCAUGUCGACGUUCGUUGAGUUUUAUAUCACCAUGUUGGGAUUUAUCAACUUUAGGCUUUAUCAUCAGCUGAACCUGCAUUAUCCACCGAAGUUCAACUCUUAUGGCAAUGACGAGAAAGCACUCGUCGACGAGGCAGCCUAUGUGUCCGAGCGAAUAAGUGCUUUGAACAUCCCCCUCAUCCGCUUAGAUGCAACGAGUCAGGCUGCUGAGGAGGAGGAGAUUGAUCUCGAUACCUUCUCCAACGAGACAGAUGAGACGAAGCUCGAGGAGGCGCGCAAGGAGGCCGAAAAAUUGAAAAAAUUGAAAACCCUCUUCCAAGGUAAGAAGUUCUUCCUCAAUCGUGAAGUGCCACGUGAGCCCCUGGUCUUCGUGAUCAGGUGUUUUGGAGGAGAGGUCUCCUGGGAUAAGCUCUCCUUCGUGGGCGCGACAUUUGAUGACAACGAUGAGUCCAUCACUCAUCACAUCGUCGACAGGCCCAGCAUGGACAAGCAGUACAUUUCAAGAUACUACGUGCAGCCCCAGUGGGUCUUUGACUCUGUGAAUGCCCGGGAACUUCUUCCAGUCGAGAAUUAUCUGAUGGGGGCAGUACUGCCCCCGCAUUUGUCACCUUUCCAUAAUGACCAGUUAGAUCAGGUCUAUAUGCCUCCGGAGGAACGGGCUCUCAUCGAUCCUUCCUUCAAGUUGAAUGCCGGAGGCGAUGAAGAGUCGGAAGAUGAAGAAGCGGAGGAUGGAGAGAAUGAUGAUGAGGAGGAGGAGGAGAUUAUCGAAGCAACUGACGAAGACGAGGAGACUGAGGAUGAUGAGGAGGAUGAAGAUGAUGAGGAUGAAGAGGCUGAGGAUGAUGAAGUGCAAAAGUUUCAAGUGAAGAAUGGGAAAAAUCAACAGAAGAAGAAGGGAGCCCAGGGACAGACAGCCAAUGUUCGAGAAACUGAUAACAAGGAGUCGGUAAAGAAUAUAAAGAUGGAUAGGGAACAGGAGCGAUUGUCUAAGACGAAAGCGAUGAAAGUAAAACCUGGUGAAGUCCUCCGCGAAGAUCCGUGGGCUAAAGCGAAACAGGAGAAACAAGAGUUCCGACUGCGCGAGAAAAUGAUUAAGAAGAAGCACAGGAAGUUGUACAAGAGCAUGAUGAAAGGACGCGAAGACAGGGCUAAGGAAAUUUGGCUGUUGAGGAAGAAGAGGAGGAUCCACGAGGAGGGAGAGAAGGAGAAGAGGAAAGAGGAGAGAAAAACGAAGAAACUGAAAUCUGCUUAAUAGAGGUUUAAGAUUUUUUGCAUUUUUAAUUAAUCCAUGAAAUAAUAGUCAAAUAAAUUGGAAAUAAUGAAGAAAAUUUGUAUCAUGUAUUUUUUUUAUUUUUCAUUUUUUUGACAGUUGUGAAUCACAGGUGGAUUCAACCAGAGGAAUAUCACUUAAAAUAUUUAAUUGAAAUAUUAAAAAAAAUAUUUAAAAAAUUGAAAAA